UAAUAACUCGUCGGAAUUCUUUCCCCUUCCUAUUCGACCCCUCCCAAAACCCUUGCUUGCGAAGCAUAUGCCGCAGAUGCAGAUAGCCAUGAGCGCCGCCAGCUCCGACGCCGCCGACGCCGCCUCCAAGCGCCCGUUCGAUUCCUCCCUUGCCGACCCGUCGCCGCCUUCCAAACUCCAGCGGUCCUCCCAGCCAGACAUCUUGCCGGCGGAGAAGCUCGAGAGCGCCGCCGACGGCGGCGGAACGGUGGGAGCCGAGAGCGAAGCGAUGGGCGGCGCACGGAUCUCUCGGGCGCAGCGAUAUCUGGUUGCCGUGGAGUACGCUGGCACACGCUUCUCCGGCUCCCAGCAGCAGCCCGACAAGCGUACUGUCGUUGGUGUCCUCGAGGAUGCGUUUCAAAAAUUCAUUGGACAGCCAGUUUCUGUCUUCUGUUCUAGUCGAACGGAUUCAGGUGUUCAUGCUUUGUCAAAUGUUUGUCAUGUUGAUGUGGAGCGGAUAAGUAAAAGGAAGCCUGGUGAAGUGUUGCCACCUCAUGACCCUGGAGUUGUAAAACGCGCGGUGAACCAUUUUCUCCAUAAGAAUGAAGGCGACAUAAUGGUGACUGAUGUUCGUUGUGUUGCACCAGACUUUCAUGCUAGAUAUAAAGCUCUAGAACGCACAUAUCACUAUCGUUUACUUUGUGGGCCUGAGCGACCAUCAAUCUUUGAAAAAAACUCUGCUUGGCACAUAACUGAGGAUCUAAAUAUCCAGGCUAUGAAGAAAGCUUGCAAUAUACUUGUUGGGCAUCAUGAUUUCAGUUCAUUUCGAGCAAUUGGAUGUCAGGCGAAAUCUCCAGUGAAAACUUUGGAUGAACUUACUGUUACAGAAGUAUUUCCUUUCAUGUUCUUUCCUUCAAGCUUAGAGCGGUCAGAGAUGGAAUCACCAGAUGGGUCUCUUGUUUACUCGGGGGCAUCACUCAUGGGGUGUUCUGGAGAAGGAUCUGACAAUUCAAGUACUACCAGUGCAAAAUCAGUAUCCGAGAAUGGGCAAGAGUUUGGAAAGAGAUUAAGGCACCGCUGCUUUGUCGUUACUGCAAGGGCACAGUCUUUUCUUUACCACCAGGUAAGGUUGAUGGUUGGUCUUCUGAAAGUUGUUGGGACUGGAGAUAAAACAACUGCGGAUGUUGAGAAAAUUCUCGAUGCAAAGACAGUGACUGCUGCUCCCCCUAUGGCACCUGCUUGUGGGCUUUACCUUGCCAACGUGAAAUAUGACCCGAUUGUUUAGACUGCUUUUGUCGAUCGAUGGAGCUUCGAGUUUUGUUAGCUAUUGGCUAUCUAGGACCCAUUUUUGAAUCAUUGGAUAAAUGAGGAGUCGAAGAGGGCCUAAAUCGGAAAAGAACCUGUUUUCUCAUCAUUAGCCAGUUCAUAUCAUGUAUCCAAACAAUCGUAUUGUUGGCUGCAUACCAUUCUGGGUAGCUGCAUCAGAGGGUUAAAUGUUCUUAUUCAUACCAGAAAUAUUAAAAUCUGAACAUAGCUUAAUGUUUUUCGCGCUACUAAAUUAUGUGGCAUGUGCUUGUUAUAUUUGCAAAUCUGAUGAUGGCGGGAGAGGGGAAGCUUUACCCUUUCUUUUGAUUA